UUAGGCAGAAUUGCUGUCUGCUUCAGAACCCUUGGUCAACACAAUUGCUGUUUCCUUCAUACCACUGCACUCCAAAUUCAAGACAUUUUUCACAGAUUUUGAGCAAGUGUUUACAUUUUACACUUGGGACCCAGAAAUCAGUAGUUAGAGCACUUGCCACUGAAUCAGCAUCACCACCACCGGCAAAGAUGGUCAAAGCCAUUCGAGUCCAUGAGCUUGGUGGACCUGAGGUCUUGAAAUGGGAAGAUGUUGAAGUAGGAGAGCCAAAGGAGGGAGAGGUUCGUGUGAAGAACAAGGCCAUUGGGCUUAAUUUCAUUGAUGUAUACUUCCGCAAAGGCGUUUAUAAGGCUGCUACGAUUCCCUACCCCCCAGGCGGUGAGGCUUGUGGAGUUGUGACAGCUGUGGGACCAGGACUAACAGGCAGGCAAGUUGGAGAUCUUGUAGCCUAUGCUGGUCAGCCAAUGGGCUCAUAUGCGGAAGAGCAGAUCCUUCCUGCAGACAGAGUUGUGCCUGUUCCUCCUUCCAUUGAUCCUACUGUUGCUGCAUCCCUCUUGCUCAAGGGUAUGACAGCUCAGUUUCUACUACGCAGCUGUUUCAAGGUUGAACCUGGACACGCAGUCCUUGUCCAUGCAGCAGCUGGUGGAGUUGGAUCCCUUUUAUGCCAGUGGGCUAAUGCCCUUGGUGCCACUGUCAUUGGAACUGUAUCUACUAAAGAGAAGGCAGCUCAAGCCAAGGAGGAUGGAUGUCACCAUGUCAUAAUCUCUAAGGAAGAGGACUUUGUUGCUCGAGUGAAAGAAAUAACAUCUGACAAUGGGGUCGAGGUUGUUUAUGAUUCUGUAGGGAAGGAUACUUUUGAGGGAUCACUGGCAUGCUUGAAGACUCGUGGAUACAUGGUGAGUUUUGGGCAGUCAUCAGGUGCGCCAGAUCCGGUUCCAUUGUCAGCCAUUGCAGUGAAGUCACUGUUCUUGACUAGGCCUAGCCUCUUUAAUUACGCUGCAACUCGAGACGAAUUGCUAGGGAUGGCGGGAGAGGUAUUUGGUAAUGUUCAAUCAGGUGUAUUGCGGGUUCGAGUAAAUCACACCUACCCAUUGUCUCAAGCAGCACAGGCACACGAAGACCUUGAGAAUAGGAAAACAUCUGGAUCUGUUGUGCUUAUCCCGAUACCUGCUGUGCCAAAUGAAAUGGAUGUCUCCGACUGCAGUUUUCAAGAAACUUUGUUAAGCUAGCAAUAAAAACAAGAAAAACUGGACUUUUAUCUAACUGACGGAUUUACACGUUUCUAAGGUAAACCAAAAUCAAGUCGUCAUGUGUCCUUUGAUCGUGUCCGUCUCCCUCCACAUAAAUCUGCUCCAUUAAACAGAGAAAAAAAGUUUGUGAGAGGUGAUCUUGUAGAUAUCAGUUCAGGGGCAACAAUAGAUUCUAAGCGAACAGAUGAUUCUCAUAAAGAUGAGGUUUUGCCUUCAUCCGUAUUUCUUAGAUAGUUUUCUGAUAUUGCACUCGUUUCAUCCUCAUGUUCCUUUAGAGCAUUAAUAUGAGUUUUUCACUUGUUCUUCAACAGAUAUUUUCUAUCAGUAUGCCCUAUUUAUA